AUGCAUCAGUUCGGGGCGACGGGGAUCCCACCGUCUCGACGGGACACAGACACUCGUUCUCCCCUCGAGGACGACGACGAGGAAGACCUCAUCAACCCCGGCUCUCCCAACACCUUCGAGGACGACAUAUCUGAGGACGACGUGUCCUUGGACGCUCGAUCUCCACCCCCGAACUCUGGCCCUCACCAAGCGACGUCCCCCUCGGACAUCCUCGCCACCUCAAGUAGUCUUCCUCUCGUCCUCGACUCCAAACCUCCAGGUUCUCCUCGGCCUCCGACGCUUACCUCACUCUCGAAGGACCCGGCAAAGGAUCAAGAACGAGCAUCACCUGACCUCAAAGACGACCCGGAAACCUCGAAGUCAAGCAACAUGCCGACGUCGCUUCAGUCCUUGGCCCCGUCGCUUACCAUCGCCUCACUCGUGUCCUCACACAAGAGACCUGCGUCGCCUUCAGACCAUUACGUCACUCCAAUCCGACCAAUCCCCGAGCGACAUGUCUUUGGUUAUUCAUCCAUGCAGCCAAUGACAAAGCGGCCUUUCACACUGUCUCCAAUGGGACCAAUCACUGAUCGUCAUUUCCUCUCCUCUGCAGGCGCCUUUCAGCCAAUCAGGUUGCAGCCAAAGCAGAAGGAGGAGACGUAAGGCGCUGUUGGGUAUGCGACUGGACUCUAUGUGAUAUAGUGUAAUUGGCCAAGAGGUUGUAGACUUUUGAUUGUAUACUCACCGAGGUUUUCAUGUCGGGGUUUUCUCGCAUCAGUCACUUAGUCAUGGUAAGAGGACCAGGGAAGCGACACUCGUAAAUA